AUGGCAAUUCAAAAUGUCACAACCAAAGGCAGUUUCACAAACUGCACCAGCCGUUUUGGUGGCCAGCGCGAUCACGAAGCUGUUGAGGAGUUCAUAACGUCUAUUGUGACCUACAAGGAAAUCGAGUCGAUCAGCGACGAGGAUGCACUGAAGGGACUGUCUUUGUUGUUCUACGGACUGGCGUCCACUUGGUGGCAGGGCGUGCGUAAAGAAGCGAAAACCUGGGGAGAUGCCAUUGCGUUGAUUCGCGACCACUUCUCACCCACCAAACCCGCCUACCAGAUUUACUUGGAAAUCUUCGAGAACCAGGAAUGGGACAAUGUACCCAUCGACACAUUUGUUUGUCAGAAGCGUGCGCUACUGGCACAACUGCCAGAUGGACGUCACGACCAGGAAACCGAAUUGGAUUUGGUCAUUUGGUGUGGUUCUGAACAUCAAGUACCGUAA